UUUUUCUCUACUCGACUAGUCGCUCCCUUGCCCGAAAACUUUGGAAACUACCCACAACAGCCCAUCCAUGUCCAACAAGGUAGUUUCACUAUUUUCGAGAGGGAUCAUACCGGCCGCCCGAGGCAAUGCGCUGUUGAUGACCAAACCGACGGUUCGUCAUGUUCAUCGAGGAGUGUUUGAUGUGCGACGCUUACGAAUGACGAGGUACCCUUCGGCCACGGCCCGGCCAUUGCUCAAUGCGAUCAUGAAAUACGACCAAGAAGGUGUAUGGAAUGCCUAUAUUAAUCUCAACGAUCGCGAUGAGCUUGCUGAAUUAUCUGCCGAAUAUCACUCCUCCGCAUUACGGUCAUUCCGUAUCAAGAAUCUUUUAUCCUACGGUCCUGAAGAGGUGGCAACCCUGAAAGAACGAUUGGCAUUUGUGCUCGCCAGCAUGAAGUCACUGAAUCAACAUUUGGACGAUCGUGAUUAUGCUCAUUUACUGGGUUUCUAUGGUCGUAUUGGGGACUGGUCGUCGUGCCAACAACUUUGGAAGGACCUCUCGAGUCAACUCAGACCGUCUCGUCAUUGUUACAACGCUUAUAUCCGUGCCGCUAUCCAAUGCGACCAACCUGGAGAAAUAUUUGCCAUUUUAAAUUCAAUGAAAGCCACCGGUGUACCACCUAAUGCGUUCACAUACAACAUGUUGAUCGAGGCUCAAGGACGACUGGGCAAUUUGAAAGAAGCGGAUGCAGUUUUUGUCGAGGCUUUCCGUAAUCCUGUCAACGCUGGUCAGGAACCCGGUAUUAAAGAUGCAUCACAAUUGUCGUAUGCUCUACGCUUAUCACCCGUACGACGAUUCGCACAGAAAGCGUCCAACAUACCACGACCUUCCGUUGCCACUUUCUCCUCCCUCAUUGAUGCUCACGGACGGCAAGGCAACCUUCAAGGCAUCAAUCACAUUUAUAAAACCAUGAUGCCAAAGUAUGGUGUGACUCCUAAUCUGGAUAUUUAUAACGGCUUGAUUCGAUGGUAUUGUAUACAUGAAGAUGCAGAAGCCGCUCGUCAGGCGUUUGCGGACAUGGAAAAGGCAUCUAUCAAACCGAAUCUCAUCACGUUCAACCACAUUUUCCGACUGGAAGCUCUGAAGCGUCGUCGACCAAAAACCGCCGAAACACUGAUGAACUUUAUGAAGCAAGUAUAUCAAUUGGCCCCUCUCGACUCCAUGUAUCGUACGUUGAUCCGAAUUCAUCACCGUCAUCGUCGUGAAAAUGAAGCGAAACGAUUAUUCGAUGAAUACGCUGCCUUGAAAUCGGACCCGAAAUAGAUUGUAGAUGGUUUCGUAAGGAAAAGGAUGGAGUUGUGGCUAUCCAAUAGACCGGCGGUAGCAUAAGUUUUUUCCUUUUUUUGAUGACACUCUUUAUUGGUUUAUUUGGUUGUUGAUGAUUAUCGAAACAUUCUUAUCGAUAGAGCAUUAAAAAAGCACUCUUGUAAAUACUAGACAACGAACUUGCACUGAUUUCUUCUCCCCUAAUUUAAGUUUAUGAAAGAAAAAAAAAAGAGAAAAAGUUAUACAACAAAUCAUUGAAGAAGGGACCAAAAAUACGAUAGAUUUUUUUUUUUUGUUUCUUCCAUGAGGUCGGACAUGAAUGUUCAUCCAUCCCGAGGCCUUAAAACGGGUUUUUUUGUUUGUUAGUGUUACGUCAGGACAAGAAGGAAGAUUCUCUCCGUUGGCGUUUUGCACACGGGUCUUCCUCUUUUUUUUUUUUUUUUCUAUAUGCGCUUUUCGAGAAAACU